AGUCUGUGGUUGCGUCUUGAAGGAUGUGGACUAGAUGAACCCCUUACUCGGACAAGCAACUUUUCAGUUCUAAUCUUAAAUAAACAAUCGCUUAUUUACAUUAAAGUCGGACCUUUGUUUAGUACACAAUAUUGACUAAACAGUUUACACUAAACUUAAAUAAUGGACAAUACUGACCUGACUGCUGACUCUUAUUAUUUACUUCAUCUGGUGAUUGAUUGGAUGUUUUUUUAGUAAAAACAAAACUGUUGAUUUAGUCAAUUCGACUAUAAGUGAGAGGUGAUUAAAUAACACCCAGCAGUUGUGUGUGUCUUAUCGGUGUCAAAUUCUAAAGGCUUUGACGUCAUCAUUGAUCAAUAUAAAGAGCCGUAACCAGUCACUAUCUCUUUAUGCAUCGAAAAAUCGUUGGCAAUCAAGUGAACAAUGAAAAUCGCAGCUCUAAUUCUGGUUGCUGUCGCCCUUGCCCAGGCGGCAGAGAUCCCGAAGCUUAGAAACUUUCGCAAUCCAGCUAAUUUGCCUCCCAGGUCUGCUCUUUUCCCUCGCCCAAGCCAAGUCCAGGGCCCAGGCUACUUUGUCCCCACUGGCGAGCACGCUCACGUCUUCAGCACCCGUGGUGUUUGCGGACAAGUCAAGAACCAAGAGUCUGAGCGCAUCGUCGGUGGAGUUGAGGCGGUCCCUCACGAGUUCCCAUGGCAAGUAGCUCUGGUUGUUGACGAUUCCUGGUUCUGCGGAGCUACCAUCAUUUCCGCCGACUGGAUUUUGACUGCUGCCCACUGCACCGAUGGAGGCCGAUCCUUCGAAGUCAUCCUUGGCGCCCACAACAAGAACAUUGUCGAGCCAACCCAAGUCAGAAUCAUGGCCACCGAAUUCACCAUGCAUCCCAAAUGGAAUUCCGCCAGGUUGCAGAAUGACGUUGCCCUGAUCAAGUUGCCAACACCUGUCAGCUUCACCCCUGAAAUCGCCCCCAUCUGCUUGGCACCAAACACCGAACCGGAUCACGUUGGCGACAUUCUCUUGGCUUCCGGCUGGGGACUCGACUCCGACAGUGCAACAUCAACCACAGCCAAUCUCCGUAAAGUCAACGCUCCCGGAAUCAGCGUAGCAGACUGCCAGGACGUUUACGGCAACGGUGUGCUGGAUUCAGUUCUCUGCAUCGACACCACCGGCGGCCAUGGAACUUGCAACGGUGACUCUGGCGGCCCAUUGAGCUACAUCAACAACGGAGUUUACAACCAGGUCGGCCUUGUCAGUUUCGGUUCGGCCAGCGGAUGUGAAUUGGGAUACCCAACUGGAUUCUCGCGCAUUUCCAGCUUUGUUGACUGGAUCGUCUCGGUGACUGGCUUGGUUGUCUAGAUGAUAACGUUGACGGUGAUUUUUCCUGUUUCAACAAAUUUGUUUUAUUACGUCAAACGAAAAUAAAUGAGGCAAACUUUU